AAAUAUAAAAACACUCAACCCCCGGUGGUUGGUCACUUUUUCGUUUGACCCUUUUUUAGUUUGUACCCCGUUGGUUGGUCAAAGCCAAAUUAAAAUUUGACGAACUGUCACUUCUUACAAGGCGCUCACGCACAUUUUUGAAACAAGCGUUUGGUAGUGUGUGGGAACUACGUGUAAAAGGGGUGUCAAACUAACCCAAUCAAACCGUUCUCCGCUUGGCGGAUUCAUUCCGCUUCGAAAAUUGCUUCGAAAUUUUCUAAACGGAAUCCCAGGUUGGACUCCGCUUAGAUUCCGUUUGAGCCAAUUUAGCACAUUAGCGACACCUACUGGUGUACGGCAGAACCUCGAUGACAUUUCGCCGCGUUUCGCCGAAGCGGUUUUCUAGUUGAUUUUUUCAAUCAAACGUCAAAGUGUUAGGAAAAAACCAAAAAGCAAAACUUGUUCGGUCCUGUUCAUUCGCGCCAUGUUUUUUUCGGGAAAAAAAACUUAUGCUGUGGAAAUAAUCUAACUGGUGAGUUACGCUACAUUUCUAAGGAUUCGGACCAUUCACUCAAUAACUCCUCUUUCAGAUUCCUGGCCGCUCUACACUGGCUCGACGGAACCGGCUUCUUUUAUGCCUGUUCCAGCAGUACCUUCUCCAUCCGGUCCAGCUUGUCGAGCUUGUCUGGCUUGGUCAGUCUCGCGUUCCGGCUAAGCUUAGCCUUGAUCUGGUCCAUGGACAUUUUGCUAAUGCUGGGACAGGCCACCAGAGCCGAAACCUGUGCAACCUUCGUCGGGGUUCUCAUUCUGCGGUCCACAUUCCCGGCGCUGUUGGCGGCACCGAACUCUGCCUUGGUCGACGCCAGUGGCUGGGACGCUUUGGCCGAGAUGGACAAUUUAGCCUUGGCCGGACUGGCCUAGAGGCGCUUCUUCGGCGGAAGCACGCGUGCACGAUGUUUUUCACAGCACAUGUAAGUUUAUUACAAUUUUUUAUUUAUAAUCAAAACCAACUUUGAAAUAUUUUUAAUACAGGUGGACAAUCGCGGGGUGUUCCUCGAUUUGAACGUUGGCCAACUUUGAAUUAAACGGCCGAUCUCGAUGCGCCCGCUGGAGGGUUGUGGCCACUGGAACCAGCCAGCUGCGGAAUGUGAAGGCCUAAGGUCGGACCUGUCCUGUGUGCUGAUGGUGACACGAUGCUGUCGGUCUAGCUGGUGGGCCUGGAGAUCGUACUUUCGACGGACAAAUUCACCGCUUCAACAACACCCAGCGAGGGCACCUCUAGUGGCUAAGAAAAUUUCACCCGAAGACUUUCCAAACAACAAAACAGCAUCAGCAGUUGCUGUCUUUCAAAAGUUGCUGCUUGUCCUUCUAUUUUGCCCAAUCGUGGAUUAUUGGUCGCGGCGUAAUUGUAACUGCUCGUGCCGCCUCCGGAGAGUGACGCCGUCGUGUCUAAGUUUCCGAACCCGAUGGACGGCAAGCUGGUGGUGCUCGUACCAAACGCACCUGACGGUGUCGGCGCCAGCAGUAACGUGGCUUACCCGUUCGUUCGAAAACAUGAUCCAGGCGCGCAUGGUACAAAGUUGUCAGGAUUGCGGUUGAGAACAUCCCGGGGGAGGCGACGAGCAAGAUCUACUUGCUGCAGCAGUGGACACCGAUUCGACAUAACUCGACCAGCACCAUGUCAGCGAUCAUGCUACCGACGAUCGUGGAAUGCCUGCCAAGCUCCCUAACCUCGGUGCGACGACGACGAGUCUCACCUGGACCAAGCGGACCAAGUCGACGAAUUCGUCCGAUACGAUCGACGGCGGCCAAGAAGAAGACGAUGGAAUCAUCCCGGCAGAACAGUCGAAUCGUCCGAUGCGACUCUCCAAGUCGCGGAUGUCCAGCAGCAGAACGAAUUUCACAUCAUCUCACUCACUAAAGCCUAUGUAAUUUUGCGAAAAAAAGAUUAAUAAAAAUGGGGAAUUUGGGGCUGGGACUCGUGUUUUUAUUAAUAAUUCAAAACUUUGACUUAAGAACGAUAGAAUUAAUAAAAAUAAUCUCAAAGUAUAAACAAAAUUCCAAUCUGUUUUUUCUCUGGUUGAAUUUCAAUUCAACCAAAACAAAAAAGAAAAUCACUAUACUAAAAAACAAGAAGAAGAAGCAGCUGUCAAAGCUUACCCGUCCAUUCCGUUUCGAUUCCGUUUGAAUUCCGCUUAAACCGAUUUGCGGCGAAAACUCAAACGGAACCGGUUGUUGCGUUUGAAACGGAAUGCGGUUUAGAAUCUAAAACGAACACUGUUUAGAAUUCGAAUCGAACUUUUUUCGCUCAAGCGGAAUUCUAAACGGAAUUCAAACGGAACGCGCUGAGUGGGAAAAAGUGACCCCGUUGGUUUUAUCCCUUAUCCCCGAAUCCCACUUUCCCGAAUCCCAUAUCCCCGAAAAUCAUUUCCCCGAAAGU